AUGGCUGGCUGGAAUCAUACAGGUGUGAAGGAAUUCCUUCUGGUAGGUUUAACUGAAAAUCCUAAUUUGCUGAUCCCUCUCUUUUUGCUUUUUACCCUUAUUUAUUUUAUCACUCUGGUAGGUAAUGGGGGCAUGAUUAUGUUGAUCUGGCUAAAUGCCCAACUUCAUACACCAAUGUACUUCUUCCUAAGCAACCUGUCUUUUUGUGAUAUCUGCUACGCUACUGUCUUUGCUCCUAAAAUGUUGGUCAAUUUCCUUGCAAAACAUAAGUCCAGCACAUUUUCUGGCUGUGUUCUACAGAGUUUCUUUUUUGCAGUAUACAUCACCACAGAAGGCAUCCUCCUGUCUGUGAUGGCUUAUGACCGCUAUGUAGCAAUAGCCAGCCCCUUGCUGUAUUCAGUUAUUAUGACCCAAAAGGUUUGUAUUCAGAUGGUUCUUGCAUCUUACUUGGGAGGGCUCAUUAACUCCCUGACACACACAAUAGGUUUGCUCAAACUAGAUUUCUGUGGUCCUAACACUGUGAAUCACUAUUUCUGUGACAUUCCUCCUCUUCUGAGACUUUCCUGUUCAGAUGCCCAUAACAAUGAACUGCUGCUUUUGCUAUUCUCUGGGAUCAUUGCAAUGUUCACUUUGAUUAUCAUCAUGGUCUCUUACAUCUGCAUCAUCAUUGCCAUCCAGAGAAUCCACUCAGCUGAGGGGAGGCGCAAGGCCUUCUCCACAUGUGCCUCCCAUCUGACUACUGUGACCUUACUCUAUGGGUCUGUGACCUUCAGUUACAUCCAGCCAAGCUCUAAGUAUUCCCUGGAACAGGAGAAGGUCUCUGCAGUGUUUUAUACUUUGGUGAUCCCCAUGCUAAACCCACUGAUUUAUAGUCUGAGAAAUAAGGAUGUGAAGGAGGCAGCGAAAUGGUCUAUAUGGCGGAAGAGAACUUCAGCUUGA